CUGUUGCUAAACAGCUCGCCGCAACCGCGUCAUUCCCGUGUACACCUUUAGCGUCUUAAUUCGGGGUUGAGUCGUGACCAGUGGUUAAAAGCGGCGGGAACAUAUUGGUGGGAUUUAAAAAGACGUUGCCAAAGGGUUAUAACAGUAGUAGGUAGCAUCGAAAGCCGUUCUUUAAAUAAUUUAACGCAAGAAUGAAGUGAUACCUGCAUCACCUGGGUACACCGCGUACGUCACGCGUAAGGGGCGGGGCUUGUGAUAUCUCCCAAACAGUUACACUCGGGAGCCGGAGCGGCGCGCGCCAGACGUCAAGCGGGCGGGAGCGAGUCGACGAGCGAACUUUCUGUCCCGGUUGCUGCAGCUGAGAAUGUCUUUGGGUGACCAGCAGUGGUAUCCCACUAGCGUUCAGGUAACGGUGCUCAAAGCGCGUAACCUGCGAAUCAAGGGCAAAAAUGGCACGAACGACGCGUACGCCAUCAUGCAGGUGGGCAAGGACAAGUUCUCCACCUCGGUAGCGGAGAAAUGCGUCUCUCCGGAGUGGAAGGAGGAGGCGACCUUCGAUCUGCCGCCCAACUAUCAGGGCGACGCGGAGCGAUGCACGCUCUACAUCAUCGCCAUGCACAGAGCCCUGGUGGGGCUGGACAAGUUUUUGGGACAGGCUGUGAUCAACCUGGUGGACCUCCACGCCAACAGAUCCCGCAAAAAGACCGACUGGUACAAGCUGGUGGAUAAGCAUGGAAAACAGGAGAAGGACCGAGGGGAAGUUCUUCUGGACAUUCAGUUCAUGCGGAACAACCUGACAGCCAGCAUGUUUGACCUGUCCAUGGCAGACAAACCUCGCUCUGGCUUUGGCAAACUCAAGGACAAGAUCCGUGGGAAGAAGAAGGACGGCCUGUCGGAUUCAGCGUCUGCGAUCGUGCCGUCUUCAGUGGGAACAGACAGUGAAGGGGAAGGAGAGGGCGGUUUAGACAAUCCUAAGAAGAAAUCAAAACUCAAAUCUUUGUUUGGACCAAAGACAAACCUCCAGAGGAAUGUGUCCCAGUCCAUGUCAACCCUGGGCACCCUGCCUGAGAAGAACAGUUCACUCAGCAGCAGUAGAUCGUCCGGCCUUAAUGUGGACUCUCCUGACGUGAAAAAGAAGUUUAAGAUUCUGGGACACAAGCGCACCGAGAGCUCAGACAGCAAAGUGUCUCUUGGCCCUUUUUCUCUUCUGAGCCGCUCAAAACAAAACAUCCAGGAGCAGAAUAACCUCUGUAUCAACGGCAGCCACGUUUAUGCAGAGGAUCAAGAACCUAAAGCUAAUUUUGGCUCCACACUCAGUCUGAACAGCUCCGGAAAGGGUUCAGUCGAGGAUGUUCGUAAAUACCACCAACGAAAUACGUCCGACAUCUCCAUCGACUCGCUUAAAGGUCUGAGUAUCCCCUCGUACAAAACUGAAGUGCCAGACAAAGCUUCUCUGGUCCCACAGCGCCCCCUAGAGGACAGGAGUCAUGUAGAGGUGGAGGAGAGGGGAAAGAAGCCCGAUGGAAGAAGCCUGCAAGAGAUGCUGGACCGACAGGAAGAGCAAGAGCAACGGAGGCAGCAAGAACGAGAAAGAAAACAAGAGGAAGAAAGAAAAAGCAGGCUUGAAGAGCAGGAGAGAAAACGCAAGGAAGAGGAAGAGCUGCAGAAGAAGCGGCGCGAGGAAGAGACGCAGCGAGCCGAGGAUCAGAGGCACCAGGAGGAGAGCAGAGUGACCGAGCGGCUCUCUUCUCUCUUCGGCAUUGGGAAGAAGAAGGAAGAGAAGAGAGAGGAAGCAAUGAAUGAGCCCAAACAUCUGGAUGUGCCGUCCUCUGCGAACCCAUUCGAAGACAUUCCUCUCACCCCGGAUACUCCAUCCUCUGUCCCAGAUGAGAGGUCCACGGACCCACGGAGGGGCGUCAGGACCACCCUCACCCCGACUCCACCCGCUAAUGCCUUCCCCAGCCGCACGGCCAAAGUGUCCGCCGUCAAGCCUAGAUUGGCUCUGAGUGUACUGCCUGAAACAGAUAAUAGCCAUUACCAAUCCCCCUCAGACUCUGUAGAUACCCAGACCACUUCUCACCUUUCCCCAUCCCUCUCUACUGAUUCAUUUGAGUCUUUUGGUAUGUUUUCUGAUCUUCAUUCCUCUCUGGCACCUGCUAAACCUCCGAGAGCUUUCAGUGAGUUAGGUGACUCCAGCAUGGAAAACCUCUCCGCUCUUCAAUCUGACAAGAAGCGAAAGGCUCCUCUACCCCCUGGUCAUCUCGGGGGCUCAUCUAAGGCUGAAAGCCAUCCUGAUAAUGGGGGACAAGCCCAUAACUCCAAAGAUAGGCCUGUCCUUCCUCUCCCAGACUAUGAAACGCUCUUUCCUAAGAAGAGGCAUGGGGUGAUGGGUCAAACGCAUUGGGACCAUCUUGUUGCAGAGGUUAACCAAAGAAACUGGGAUUUCUCGGAAGAAAUGAAUGUAGAUGGACCUGAGAGGCUAAUGCCAAAUAAAUCUGCGAUCUUAAAGGACAGAACCUCUGUGAACCUUAACCAGCACCAAAAAAAUCAUGAGGCACCUCCCCCUGUUCCCACAAGGCACAAAGAGGCAUUACUUCCACCCAAAACUCCUGUGACACCAGAACGAUCAGUGGAGACUAACGUCCAACAUGGUCAAUAUGCCACCGUCAAUAAGCCUAGAAACUCUGCUUCCAAGAACGUGGAAAACAAUCCACCUCCUGCUGUCCAUAGUAGAUAUGUACCUCAGGAGACGGAAAGGAGGUCUCCGACUCCUGAUGCCAUUACCCAUCAACUCUCCCAGUCAAAAGAGAAGCCUACACCAGCUGCCAGAUCCAUGCAAAAUAUCAAUUCAAAGACUGAUGACGUGGCUAAAGAGAUGCCUUCAGUCAAACCCAGACAACAGUCAUUAGUCAAGGACCCAGUCAGACUAGUUCAACCAGACAAGCAGGUAACCAGUCAACCCGUGACAUCAGAAAACAACAAAGCCGAGAAACCACACAAGGGCCAGAAGGGAAGCAUUUCCACAGAUGGGUUUGAUGACAUAGACCUCCUCAAAAGCGCUGAAAGUCCAGAAGAACUAAAUUUGGGGGAACACUCCAGCAAACCUGGGGGCUACCCGUUCCCAGGUGACAACUUACUAUCUGAAGAUCCACAGGCUUUACCAAAGCAGACCACCAAUGAAGAUGUCCUGUUUACUAGAGGCCCAAAGCAAAUGGGAAAUCUUGAAGAUCAGAAAUCAACUUUUGAUAAGAAAGAAGAUAAGUCUUCAAAAAAAGGGACAAAUGAUCCAUCGACAAACCUUCCAGAGAAAAGCAAAUCACCACAAUCGGAGAGUGGAAAACAAUCCCCCAGCUUCACUGAACAAGCCAGAGCCUCGUUUCAAAGAAAUUUUUCGCUUAGAAAGAAAAACUCAUCUCGCCAAUACACCACUACUGGAAAAGCUGCUACAGAGAAUACAAGUCUGGCCAGAUCAGCUUCUCAGACUUCACAAGAUGCUGAGGAUGUUGAGCUGACUGUAACCAGUGUUGCUCCUCCAAGCAAUACGGAUCCCACCGUGGUACCAUCUGAAUCCCCUGUAGGGGGUAAGACCACUCUUCGCGCUUGGGUCUCGCCAUCAGAGGCUCAGCCAGUUGCUCUGCAGAGUAGUAGUGGAAGUGCGGUUUCUAAUUCAAGAAGGCCUCACCCGGUGAAACCCAUGAGCACCGAGAGCCAGUCUUCCAGCGUUAUCACUGUGGGGAAAGACCCAAAGACUAUCACCAUCAAGGAAAUGGCUGAGAAGUCAAAGUAUGUAGAUAGCGGCCCGUACACUCAGCUCACGCAGGAGGAACUGAUCACGCUGGUGGUAAAGCAGCAGACCGAGCUCUCCAAGAAAGAUGCCAGGAUCCUGGAGUUAGAGGACUACAUCGAUAACCUGCUCGUUCGGGUCAUGGAGGAGAAACCAGCCAUCCUGCUUUCGCUUCAAUCCAAAUGUUAGGGUUUGAUCCUGACGUCUGAUUUAACCGUGCCCAGAUACGCUUCGGUACUGUGGGAUUCGACCGAUACAGCCAGAAGGAUUCUAAAAGCAAUAUCACGUCUCGUAAUCAGUUGGUUUGCUCGAGUAUUUAACGCUUGCGGAGUUGUGAUUCAUUCUGAUUUCACCACCAAUAUCACACAAAUAAAUGAUUUUUACAGCGUGGUUAUGUAAAUCAAAGCCGACAAGAUCACGCUUUAAUAAACUGUAUUUUAGUUUCGUUGGAUCAUGGUACAGUCUCCUCCUGAGAAGCUUCCCAUCAACAAACACAUCGUAUUUAUUGAUCAUAUCUCCGAUUUCUGUCCAUCUUCCCAUUUAAGAUAGGGCUUCUUAAUGCAUUAUUUAUUGCUGUCUUAAGCUUGUAUUUGAAGAUUUUCCUUCUUCCUGAAGUGAUUUGUGUUCAGAUCCCGACCGCUGCCUUGAGUCUGGAUCAGAACGCUUCAUUAGUGUUAACGCGGCCUUAUGCCUGUUGGGGCUCAAAUCGAGGUUAAAAAAAUCCUCUUACUGUUUAGAAAUGCAGACAAUAAGCACUUUUUUUCUUGAAGGGGCGUUUAAUCUAUGAAGGAUAGUGUUUUUAUGUUAGGUAAUUAUCUAAAAUACCCUGUAGAAUUACCUCUAAUGAAGAAUAAUGUUUCUUGCCAGUUACGCACACACGAGUAUGAGUAAGUCUCUGCUGCCGUUUCAACACUAAUUCGUUUCCCUGGUCAAUAUUAACUCCAUAUUUGAAUGCUUUUCUCAGCUGAACUGGCACUCAGCUGUUGAAUCAGCAGAAAUCAUUUUUGCUACAUGUCAGACUGCAUGUUUGUUUUAUACCGUAGCGAUUUUGACCAGGGAUUUUUUUUUUUUUUUUGAGCACGGUGUAGAUACUGUGACUUUCUGCUCUUCUGUAGCGAGCAAGCAAUAACUGUCUGCAGGAUUUAGUUUACUUGAUGUCAGGUAAUGCGGUACUUUCAUCAAACCGGGGGCUUUUGAGACGUAUCAUGUAGUCUCCUGACGUCACUGUCUGCCGUGUUGUGUUGUGAAACCAAAGAUCUGUCUUACUUUACUGUCUUCCAACUCCUUCCAUUUCCUUCUUGUGUUUUAUAAUCCCAUUUUUGUUUAACCACUUAAAUGCCUGUGGGAAGAGAAUGGACCCUCUGACAAGGAUGGAUGAAUUAACUUUUGUCUUGUAUAUAUUUGCCUGUCAUUAAUCUAAAAGUUGAUUCUGUGAUAUAUUUAGUUUGUGAACCUUCAAGAGCUUCUUCUGUGUUCAGUCAAGUGUGGUCAAUCAGUUUGAGUGACUUCGCUCAUCAUUUUCACUGUUAUCAAGUUCUGCAGACUCCAAACACUCCUUAUGUCUGAAUGUGAAUGAGAAGCCUUAAUUAUCGCUGAUGCUAUGCAUAUAUGCAGAAGAUAUAUUUUCUUGACCUGUGCCUUGUCUUUUUAAUCAAGCCUCCUCGUCAUUAAGACAUUAAAUGAAUAUAUCGGUUUGUUCCUUUACUUCAACACCUGUAAUUUUAAUUAUGCCUCAGUUUGUUGAAUAAACUUAGUUGAAACCAUA